AUGACAGAACAAAGCUUUGUACCUCAGGAGUCAGAGGUGAACGAAGUGAGUCGCAUUCAAUUUGUCACCGCCAAAGAAGAAAUGGAGAACCGGACCUUGAAGGAGGAGACAUCGACUGGGCAGCACUACACGCCGGUUUACCAUGAGGCUGAUUAUCCCGAGUUAAUGCGCGAUGACCGGUGGACACGCGUCGACUGGAAUGAGACAUCGGAAGUGCACGCAACUGUGCCCUACGCAGGUGAAAGCAAACCAGCCAUCACGGAUGCAGCUUGUUCAGCAUAUUCCAAUUAA